AAAAGGCUUCACCUAUGCUGGCUGCUUCGGACAGCUGCGAGGCGUCGUCGUCGGAUCAGCCUGGUAACUGCGUUCCCGAGUCAUCGUGCCCGGAAGCCCGUCGCGAGCGGUCCGACUCGUGCGUGCUCGAGGACCACGUGUGCUGCCGCCGGGAGUCGAGACCGCAGCGCUCGGCGGCCGACAAGGACCGCAUGUUGGCCGUACUCCAGGAGAACAGGCUAUUAUGUGGUCGGAAUCCUCCCAGCAAAGACGGCAAGAAACGGUUCCCAGUUCAUUACGUGCUCGGAGGAAGGAGCGUCCGCAGUCACGGAGAGUACCCGUUCGUGGUGGCGGUGUUCCGCGACAAGAUCAAGGUGGAUAACUUCUGGUGCGGCGGGGCUCUGAUCACGAAGCAGGUGGUUCUUUCGGCGGCGCACUGCUUCUACAAGGCGAACGACACGGAGUUCUUCGUGCGCAUGGGCAGCCUGGAUAUAUCCAAAAGCCGCGUGCGUGGCGCCAUGACUCAGACGGUGGAGCGCAAGGUCAAGAUGGUCCACAUCCACCCGGCCUACAACGGCAAGCAGCAGAACAACGACGUGGCGCUGCUGCUUCUGCACAAGGACGCAGGUGUGAGCGAGUCCCAGAUGCCGGCCGCCUGCCUCCCCGACGAAGAGGGCGCGCCCGACGCACACCAGGGCGUCAUCCUCGGCUGGGGACACAACGGGUUCGGAGGGAAGCUACAAACAAACCUUCAGGAAGCCGACGUGCCCAUCGUGAGCAACGAGGAGUGCGACAAGCUGUACAAGAAGCUGGGAACUUACCAGACCGUCUUCCAUCACGGCGUCGACCAGGACUUCCUCUGCGCAGGAAACAUCACCGAAGGUGGAGUAGAUGCGUGCCAGCACGACUCGGGUGGACCACUGGCAGUGCGAGCGAAACGAGACGGCAAGACCGUGUGGGAGGUGGUGGGCGUCGUGUCCUUCGGUGUCCAGUGCGGCCUGCCGGGAUAUCCGGGAGUGUACACUCGCGUGUCUACUUUCGUGCCCUGGAUCCUGCAGUCUGCCGGAAAGAUCGCCAAGAUCAAAGGAAAGCCCGCCGAGGCCGUACGGCAGCGCCCCAAACCUUAGCCGAUGCCCUGUCUACGCUCACCAACAAGCGGUCCUGUGGUCCUUGUGCAGCGAACUUCAGACGAAGCACGGCCGCACAUUCGGAAACGGGAUAGCUGGUUGUGAUCUCACUUGACUUCCAGCUAAGUGUUCACACAUGCACACUCUGUGCAUGCGUACGGCAUGGAGCACGCUUUUCUAGGGUAGUCAAGUGAAUGGCUGCAGAAAGCGCCAGCAUCUGCUACCUCACGGCAGUUACUAAGGUUCCUGCGCGAGCUUAGAAACGCCACGACCAGACAGGUCUGCAUUUUCGGCCUGUGCUUUUCCUGUUAGUAGAUCAACCAGUAGAUCAACCAGUAGAUCAACCUAGAAUAGCGUAGUUCAGACUGUACUACAGCCCUUUAGGUACAGAAAAGUUCACAUCCAGAUGCGCCUCUUUAAAGCGCAGCUAGACGUGAACGAACUUAUCGAUUUAUCAUUAAGCCGAAAGCCUCAUAUACCUCGUGAAAAGCGAAAUAUGACCGUCGGCGUCAGCACGAACUGGUACAAAACAGGUACAAAAUUACGUAUCACGUGAUCAGAGAUGACGUCACAGAUCGCGAAAAUUUGCUACGUCGUCAUGCCGUCACAAUAUGACGUCAGCACGACAUCGUCGCUUGGUUAAAGGUGGACAGUGCAAAGUCACGGAGGCAGUGCAAAAUCGCAUUAGGUGCAGAAAGCUUUCGGGGGAUGGGGGCAGGAUCAAUACAAUCGUCCGCGAAAAAGAUGGAGAAAAAGAGGAGGAGAAGGAGAAUAUAUGGCUUUCGCCUUCGAGUCGUCUCGGGCAAAUGCAUAAGGGACCAUGUGACUUCUUUAUUAUUUAGGUGCUAUGUGGCCUACUGAAUGAAAACACGUUAAUGGUGGUGUAGUGCGCGCAAUUAGAAUUUUCCACCUUGCCUGUGUAAUUGCCUUACACAAACAGGACAUGUGCAGAAACGUUAUUGUGCCAAAUUAAAAGAACUGGGCGCAAAUUUGGCUUUUUAGCGCCUUUUAUUGUCAGUGGAAGCAGCAGCGUCGAAGACGCAGAGAAUUGUAAUACGGUGCAGUACUGACCCAUAUUUUCGAAGCUGUUUUGGCACGUUUCUCAUGCCUAUAGCAAUCACGCCUAUUAAAGGGCCCUACAACACUUUUUCAGCAUGGUCAGAAAACGCUGCAGAUCGGUGGCCGAGGCUCCUGAGAACAUGCGAGCCAAACAUUAUAGCGCAGCACGCGGCCUGGAAUUUACAAUUAUUUCUCAAAGUCAGCUAGAAAUCGUUCCCUCUUCUCUCGACAGAUGAUGUCAUAAACCCGAAGUCCACGGCCAUUGGCUGAUUGGAGCAUCGUGAGCUGCAUAGUUACCGCGGCCGCCGCGGGAUGGCGCCACGCUUCUUGCCCCUCUUCAUAACCCCCACCCCCACCCGCGUAGUUUCAUCGCACUCGCUGGUACGACAGGAGAGAGAAAGCACUUGAAGCGUACGACAAAUUCAUGUAACUCCGCUCGUACUUGAAGGAUUCUAAAAAUUUUUGUGCCAGUCGAUUCGUGAGGCAAUAAACUCCUUUCAUGAAGACAUUCGAUGAUUACUUGGAAAAGCGUUGCAGGGCCCCUUAAAUGCAAGGGAUGAAAAACACUUAAACUUGAUACCUAAAUUGCCUCAAAAAUUAUUUGCAAUAUUCAGUGUGUUGGGCUUCAAGUUGUCGAUUCAUUCGCCCUUGCAGUGCCGAUUGCUAGCCUCCUGGUUAGCUCAACUGGUAAAGUGACCGCAAUAGAAAACCAUUUGUCCAGGUUUCACCGUCAAACUUUGACGUCGUAGGGCAUCACCGUCAUACUUUGAUGUCCCGGCAAAAUUUGCUGCCGUAUUGCAUGAAUCAGUACAUUCACUGUGAGCAUAAGAAAGUGGUACUACGACCAUUUCAUGAAAAAAAAAAUUAAAUCUGCACAUUUAGGUUUGAGCAGUGUAUACAUAUGUGCACAAAAAAUAAGUUUAGUUUGUUUUCUGUAAGAUAACUUGCAAUGAACAAGAGGGAAAUGAGCUUCAGAGAGAACAAAAAUGAAACAUAUUUGUGUAUCUAAG